CGCAAGCCUGCGGCACUUGGAGCCUGGAUGGAAACCUAUCCCAGCAUGCCUGACAGCGAAAGCAGGAAAGGAUGAUGAAGAUGAUGAAGCCAAGAUGGCAGUAGUGAGGGCGCAGUCGGUUCGGUGUCUACAAAAUCAGAAGAAGCUAACAAAAGACAUAGUCAACAAAGCAGGAAAUUAAAGAAAUUUCUAUGUACAGAAAAGGAGUGUCAGUCGUUCGAAGCGGCAUGGCCUGAGGCCCGGAGACGCUGAUAUCAUUACUGUACGAAGAAGGGGAGACACUUUCGUAUUUGCACAGAGGAGGGGAGCGUGCGGUUUCGUUUCAAGCCUGUGGAUAUAAUGAUUGUUGGGUAUAUCCGGUAGCAAAAGCCGGAUCUGAAUGACAGUCUUACGGCUUUUGCGUUUAAAUGAAUUUUAUAUAAUUUAUUGUUUUUUUUGUUGAAAGGAUGAUGUGUGCUGCCGCUACUGCUGCUGCUGCAGUAGGGACCAGUGGGCUCCUGCCUUCACCUGCUGCUUCCACUGGGCUGGGAGCAAAGGUCAUUUUAGGGAUUGGGGCGGAUUUUUCGGGUUUCGGGUCAGGCAUGAGUGCUUGCCCUGGUCCCGGAGCCCCGUCGGAUUGUCGGGGCCGAUACCAGUUGCUGCUUUCCGGGACAGCGCUUGCAGAAAACUACCGGAGGAUUUACACCGCGGCGAUCAGUGACAAAGAGCAAGGGAUCAACCAGGGAAGGGGAAAAAAGACCUUGAGUAAAAAAAAGUUGAAAAGGAAGCAAAAGGCAAAAUCCAAAGUGAAAACACGAUCAAAGAGUGAAAAUCUAGAGGGAGUACUGUCUGUACCAGACAUCAAGCUUCACAGCAACCCAUCUGCUUUCAAUGUUUACUGUAAUGUUCGGCACUGUGUAUUGGAAUGGCAGCAGAAAGAGGCUUCUCUAGCUCUGGCAUCCAAGACUUCUGUUCAGAGUGGGGAUUCUGAUAGUGAUGAAGAGGAGGAGUCCAAAGAGCCACCUAUCAAGCUUCCUAAGAUUAUUGGUAUUGGGCUAUGUGGUGUUUUUGAGCUGAUCAAAGAGACAAGGUUUUCUCAUCCUUCGCUGUGCUUGAGGAGUUUGCAAGCCUUGCUCGAUAUGUUACAAGGUCAACAACCAGAGGGCUUUCAGUCUGAACCACCUGAUGUUCUGGAAUCUCUCUUUCACCUGCUUCUGGAGAUCACAAUAAGAAGCACAGGAAUGAACGACAGCACUGGUCAAGCACUUACAGCACUCUCAUGUGCAUGCUUAUUUAGUCUUGUUGUGGCCUGGGGCGACACUGGUAAAAUCCUUCAAGCUGUUUCAGCCAUUCUUACGAACAAUGGCAGCAAUGCUUGUCAAGCCAUUCAGGUACCAGCAAUUCUGAACUCUUUGCAAAGAAGCGUGCAAGCAGUUCUUGUUGGAAAAAUCCAAAUUCAGGACUGGUUUAGUAACGGGAUCAAGAAAGCUGCUCUGAUGAACAAAUGGAUACUGAAAGAAGUGUCAAUUGAUGACGAUGAGAAUUGUCUGCUGCAAAGUGAUGGCUCCUUCCUUUAUCUGCUAUGCAAAGACGGAUUGUACAAAGUGGGAUCAGGAUACAGUGGAACAGUUCGUGGUCAUGUAUAUAAUUCCACAUCACGCAUUAGAAAUCGCAAGGAAAGAAAAUCCUGGUUGGGUUAUGCACAGGGUUAUUUGCUCUACCAAGAUAUGAACAAUCACAAUAUGACUGCUUUGAAGAUCAAUCCUGAAACACUAGAGCAAGAAGGUGCAAUCACAAUGCCUGGUCUCCAAGCUGAUGGGCAGAAUAUUGUCUUCACAGAUGGGGAGUACAUUAAUCAAAUUGCAGCUUGCCGAGAUGAUGGUUUUGUUGUUCGAAUCUAUGCAACAAGUACUGAGCCAACACUUCAGCAAGAACUACAGUUAAAGUUGGCACGAAAGUGCCUCCACGCAUGUGGCAUUUCCUUGUUUGACCUGGAGAAAGAUCUUCAUAUUAUUAGUACUGGGUUUGAUGAGGAGGCUGCAAUCUUGGGAGCUGGGAGAGAAUUUGCACUCAUGAAAACUGCCAAUGGAAAGAUCUACUAUACUGGCAAAUAUCAGAGCCUGGGAAUCAAACAGGGUGGUCCCUCUGCAGGGAAAUGGGUUGAACUGCCCAUUACCAAAUCUCCAAAAAUUGUUCAGUUUUCUGUUGGUCAUGAUGGUUCACAUUCUUUGCUAGUAGCGGAGGAUGGAAGUGUCUUCUUUACUGGCUCUGCAAGCAAGGGGGAAGAUGGUGAAUCAACCAAGAGCCGAAGGCAACCAAAGCCUUACAAACCCAAGAAAAUUAUUAAAAUGGAAGGCAAAAUUGCAGUUUACACUGCAUGUAACAAUGGAAGCAGCAGCAUUGUAACAAAGGAUGGAGAGCUUUACAUGUUCGGAAAAGAUGCUGUUUACAGUGAUAGCUCUUGCAAGGUUACAGAUCUGAAAGGACACUUUGUUACUCAUGUAGCAAUGGGAAAAGCUCAUACAUGCAUCCUCACCAAAGAUGGAGAGUUGUGGACAUGUGUUAACAAUAAAGGACAGUGUGGUGAUACAGGAUCUAUGAACCAGGCAGGAAAAGGGUUUGGAGUAGAAAACAUGGCAACAGCAAUGGAUGAAGAUUUGGAGGAAGAAGUAGAUGACAAAGAAGAGAAAUCCAUGAUGUGUCCUCCAGGAAUGCACAAAUGGAAGCUAGACCAGUGUAUGGUUUGCACAGUAUGUGGGGACUGCACUGGCUAUGGAGCCAGCUGUGUGAGUAGUGGCCGUCCAGACAGAGUCCCUGGAGGAAUAUGUGGUUGUGGCUCAGGUGAAUCGGGAUGCUCAGCCUGUGGCUGCUGCAAAGCUUGUGCACGAGAACUGGAUGGACAGGAGGCAAGACAAAGGGGCAUAUUUGAUGCUGUCAAGGAAAUGAUUCCCUUAGAUCUGCUUUUAGGAGUGAAUAUUGAAGAACAUAUCCAAAUAAGACAGGAAGAAAAAAGACAGAGAAUUAAUCGAAGACACAGACUAGAGGAAGGAAGAGGCCCCCUUGUAUUUCCUGGUCCCAUUUUUAUGAACCAUCGAGAGCAGGCCCUAGCCAGACUAAGACCCCUUCAAGCACAACUAAAGCAUAAGCGGGACAAACAUAAAGAUGGCAGUGGAGAACGAGGAGACAAGGAUGCCAGUAAAAUUACUACCUAUCCGCCAGGAACAGUACGCUUUGAUUGUGAUCUUCGUGCUGUUCAAGUCAGCUGUGGAUUCCAUCACUCAGUGGUACUGAUGGAAAAUGGAGAUGUAUACACUUUUGGCUAUGGUCAACAUGGGCAACUAGGACAUGGUGAUGUAAAUUCCAGGGGCUCCCCCACCCUUGUCCAGUCCUUACCUGGACCAAGCAUUCAUGUUACAGCAGGAAGCAAUCAUACUGCAGUUCUUCUAAUGGAUGGUCAGGUUUUCACAUUUGGGAGCUUUUCUAAAGGGCAGCUUGGAAGACCAAUUUUAGACAUGCCAUACUGGAAUGCAAAACCAUCCCCUAUGCCAAAUAUUGGAGCAAAAUAUGGACGCAAGGCCACAUGGAUUGGUGCCAGUGGAGAUCAGACUUUCCUAAGAAUUGAUGAGGCACUUAUAAAUUCUCAUGUUCUUGCAACAUCUGAAGUUUUUGCCAGCAAGCAUAUCAUUGGUUUAGUGCCUGCAUCAUUAUCAGAACCACCUCCCUUUAGGUGUCUGUUAAUAAAUAAGAUGGAUGGAAGCUGCAGAACGUUCAAUGAUUCUGAGCAGGAGGAUUUGCAAGGAUUUGGCGUCUGUCUGGAUCCAGUCUAUGAUGUAAUUUGGAGAUUCCUACCAGCGUCACGAGAGUUUUGGUGCUACAAUUCAGUUAUCGCAGAUGCAAGAAGUCCAUGUGCUUCUGACCUUCAGACACGCUGCUGCAUUCUAAGUCCAGAACUUGCUCUUCCAGCAGGGUCACAGGCUAUGACAACAAGAUCUCAUGGAGCUCUUCAUAUUUUAGGUUGUCUAGACACAUUAGCAGCAAUGCAGGAGCUCAAAAUGGGAGUUACAAACACUGAAGAAGAAACCCAGGCAGUUUUGAAAGUGUACUCAAAGGAAGACUAUGGUGUGGUCAAUCGCUUUGAAAGUCAUGGAGGUGGUUGGGGAUACUCUGCUCAUUCAGUUGAAGCAAUUCGAUUUUGUGCAGAUGUUGAUAUUCUUCUGGGAGGUCUAGGCCUGUUUGGUGGUAGAGGAGAGUAUACUGCCAAGAUAAAGCUUUUUGAGCUGGGUCCAGAUGGAGGAGACCAUGAAACUGAUGGUGAUCUGUUGGCAGAAACUGAUGUUUUGGCUUAUGAUUGUGCAGCUAGAGAAAAGUAUGCCAUGAUGUUUGAUGAACCUGUUCUUCUCCAGUCUGGUUGGUGGUAUGUGGCAUGGGCCAGAGUCUCUGGACCAAGCAGUGACUGUGGCUCACAUGGACAAGCAGCCAUCACAACAGAUGAUGGUGUGGUCUUUCAAUUUAAAAGUUCAAAGAAAUCAAAUAAUGGAACAGAUGUAAAUGCUGGUCAGAUACCACAGCUAUUAUACAGGCUUCCAUCAAAUGAUGGAAAUUCUGCAAAAGGAAAACAGCAGACAAGUGAGCCAGUCCAUAUAUUGAAGAGAUCCUUUGCUAGAACAGUAUCUGUGGAGUGCUUUGAGUCACUACUAAGCAUUCUUCAUUGGAGCUGGACUACCCUGGUUCUAGGUGUGGAUGAGCUUCGUGGAUUAAAGGGGUUUCAGUACACAGCUACACUGCUAGACCUUGAAAGACUACGUUUUGUAGGCACUUGCUGCCUUAGACUUCUUCGAGUCUAUAUAUGUGAAAUUUACCCUAUUUCAGCAAGUUCCAAAGCAGUAGUGGAGGAGUCCAGUAAAUUGGCAGAAUGUGUUGGGAAGACUAGAAGCCUCUUAAGAAAAAUUCUUUCUGAAGGAAUAGAUAAUUGUGCCAUUAAACUAGACAAUGAUCCUCAGGGCUACCUUAGCCAGCCUUUGACUCUACUGGAAGCUGUUCUUCAAGAAUGUCACAACACAUUUACAGCCUGUUUCCAUUCCUUCUACCCAACACCUGCUCUCCAAUGGGCCUGCCUCUGUGACUUGCUGAAUUGUCUUGAUCAGGAUAUUCAAGAAGCAAACUUCAGGACAUCAAGUAGUCGACUUUUAGCUGCCGUAAUGUCAGCCCUAUGCAAUACUUCUGUAAAAUUGACAUCCAUUCUUCCAAUUGCCUAUGAUGGAGAGGUUUUGCUCCGUUCUCUUGUCAAGCAAGUCAGCACAGAAAAUGAUUCAGCUUUAGCUCAUAGGUUCCCACUGUUGGUGGCCCAUAUGGAGAAACUCAGCCAUAGUGAAGAAAAUCUGACAGGGCUGACAAGUUUUCGUGAAGUUCUUGAAAAGAUGUUAGUCAUUGUUGUUCUUCCUGUGAGAAAGAGUCUACGGAAAGAAAUGGAGCUUUUCUCACCACAUCUAGUAUCUAACACAUGUGGCCUCAUAGCGAGUAUCGUCAGUGAGCUUACUGCUUCAGCACUUGGUUCAGAGGUCGAUGGUUUAAAUUCAAUGCACUCGGUGAAAGCUACCCCAAACCGCUUCACCAAGACAAGCCAGGGAAGAAGUUGGAAUACAGGCAAUGGAUCACCUGAUGCUAUUUGUUUUUCUGUUGACAAACAUGGGGUAGUUCUUGUUGGGUUUUGUGUAUAUGGUGGAGGAGGUAUCCAUGAAUAUGAAUUGGAGGUCCUGGCAGAUGAUACCCAGGCUGAACAUCCAGGGGACUCUGCUCAUUCACACAGGUGGACAUCUUUAGAGCUAGUGAAAGGAACAUACAGCACUGAUGACUCUCCUAGUGAUAUAGCUGAAAUCAGACUGGACAAAGUGGUACCCUUAAAGGAAAAUGUCAAAUAUGCUGUACGACUAAGAAAUUACGGUAGUCGUACUGCUAAUGGUGAUGGAGGCAUGACUACAGUGCAGUGUCCUGAUGGAGUGACAUUUACUUUCAGCACCUGCAGCCUUAGCAGCAAUGGCACUAACCAGACUCGAGGCCAAAUUCCACAGAUUCUGUAUUACAGAAGUGAGUAUGAUGGUGAUUUACAAUCUCAGAUUUUAAGUAAAGCCAAUGAAGAAGAUAAAAACUGCAGUAGAUCUCUUUCUGUAGUGAGUGCUGUGGUGCGUGCAGCCAAAGAUCUUCUUCACAGAGCUUUUGCUGUGGAUGCUGAAGAUAUCCCAGAGCUGCUAAGUUCUUCCAGUUUGUUUUCAAUGCUGCUUCCUCUUAUUUUGGCUUAUAUUGGGCCAGUAGCAGCAUCUGUACCAAAGGCUGCGGUUGAAGUAUUUGGGUUAGUUCAGGAGCUGCUUCCUGCUGUGUCUGCUUUGAACCAGAAAUAUGCCCCCCCUGCUUUUAACCCUAAUCAGUCCACUGACAGCACAACAGGAAAUCAGCCUGAGCAAGGGCUGUCGGCAUGUACUACCUCUAGUCACUAUGCUGUCAUAGAGAGUGAUCAUCCCUAUAAACAAGCAUCUGUGACGCAGUACAAGGUUUCCUUCCCAGACUGUGUCCGAUGGAUGACCAUUGAAUUUGACUCCCAGUGUGGUACUGCUCAACCUGAAGAUGUAUUACGCCUGAUGAUUCCCAGCAGAUCUCUACAAUUUUGUGGAUUUGCUGCAAAACAUACUGUACACGAAAGCCUAAACACAUGGACAGAGCUAAAGAAGUUUUUUGGUUCCAGUGGCUGGCCAACAACAGUGUUGGUUUUACCAGGUAAUGAGGCCCUCUUUUCUUUGGAGACUGCAUCAGAUUAUGUGAAGGAUGACAAAGCAUGUUUCUUUGGCUUUAAGUGUGUAGCUGUGGGAUACGAGUUUAAUCCUGGCACUGAUGAGGGUAUUAUUCAGCUGGAAAAGGAGCUGGCAUAUUUAGGUGGUUUGUGUGCAGCUGCAUUGAUGAAAAAAGACCUGGCUCUACCAAUUGGCAAUGAGCUUGAAGAAGACCUUGAAAUUCUUGAGGAGUCAUCUUUGCAAGUUUGUAAGGCUCAUGCAGGGAUUCUUGGAAAAGGUUUAGCAUUGUCAAGGUCUCCAUCCAUUCUAGAAGCUUUGGAAGGCAACCUUCCUUUGCAUCUGCAAAGCAAUGAACAUUCCUUUCUUGAAGAUUUUAUAACUUGUGUUGAAAAUUCCAGUGGUGGACGUCUUGCAAGGUGGUUACAGCCAGAUUCUUAUGCUGAUCCUCAGAAAACAUCACUGAUCCUUAAUAAGGAUGACAUCAGGUGUGGUUGGCCAACCACUGUCACUGUGCAGACCAAAGACCAAUAUGGAGAUGUAGUGCAUGUGCCAAAUAUGAAGGUUGAGGUGAAAGCUGUUCCUGUGUCUCAGAAAAAAUCUUUGCCUCAAGAUAAUGUUAGAAAACUACAACGAAUACCUGGAAGUCCUAUGGUGGUAAAUUCAGGAGCUGACAUGACUUAUGGAGGUUUGCCUCCACCAAAACUGGAAUCCACCUAUGAGCCAAUGAUUGUUAAAGAAGCUCGCUACAUUGCCAUUACUAUGAUGAAGGUUUAUGAGAACUACUCUUUUGAAGAACUUCGCUUUGCUUCCCCAACACCUAAGAGACCGAGUGAGAAUAUGCUGAUUAGAGCAAAUACAGAUGGCACCUACAACGCUAAUUGGACUCCUGGAGCUGUUGGUCUUUAUACUAUACAUGUGACAAUAGAUGGAAUUGAAAUAGAUGCUGGUUUGGAAGUGGAAGUCAAAGACCCCCCAAAGGGAAUGAUUCCACCUGGAUCUCAACUAGUGAAACCUAAAGUAGAGCCUCAGCCAAGUAAGGUUCGCAAAUUUGUGGCCAAGGACAGCGCAGGGCUUCGUAUCCGUAGCCACCCCUCUCUGCAGAGUGAACAGAUAGGCAUAGUGAAGGUCAAUGGAACCAUCACUUUCAUUGAUGAGAUCCACAAUGAUGAUGGUGUAUGGCUCAGACUGAAUGAUGAAACUGUAAAGAAGUAUGUUCCCAACAUGAAUGGGUACACUGAAGCCUGGUGCCUGUCUUUUAACCAGCAUCUGGGCAGGAGUCUUCUAGUUCCUGUUGACGGGGCCAGAAUUCAUUCUGAUUAUUCUAAAGAGACCAAUGCACGAUGCUCCUAUGACGCAUCAAUAAGGGAGCAGGACACCCUGUGCCUGCGAGGUGGACCAGGUGCUUAUAAGGUAGUGCGGACAGGACCCUCGGGUCACAACAUCAGAAGCUGCCCUAACCUUAGAGGUAUCCCAAUUGGAAUGUUAGUUCUGGGAAACAAACUGAAGGCAGUAGGCGAGGUAACAAACUCAGAAGGCACUUGGGUACAGUUGGAUAAGAACAGUAUAGUGGAGUUUUGUGAAAGUGAUGAAGGUGAAGCCUGGUCUCUUGCAAGGGAUCGGGGAGGAAGUCAGUACCUUCGACAUGAAGAAGAGCAAACUGCAUUGGAUCAAGGAGCUCAGACGCCACCCCCAAGCCCUUUUUCUGUCCAAGCUUUCAGUAGGGGUGCUACUGCUUCUGGUGCCCAAGGAUUUGAUUAUGGAAUUGCAAGUAAAAAAGGUGAAAGAGGAAACAUAUCGACAGUUACAAGGCCUCUGUCACCAGCUGCAAAAUCAGACAAUUUUGGAAAGCAUCGCACUGAGAGCAGAUCUCCAAAAUUGGAUGGACGAAUUAGCCGAGCUUCUACAGAGCAAGGAAAGAUGCAGAACAAUGAAUGCCUGUCAGCCAGUGAAUCUCUUAUUCUAAAAUCUGAUACUGCUAAGCUGAGGUCAGACUCUCAUAGUAGGUCACUUUCCCCAAACCACAAUACCCUACAGGCUUUGAAAGCUGAUGGACGAACGUGCGGUUUAAGGGCUGAAUCCCCAACCCCAGGGUCUAGGUCAUCAUCUCCAAAAGCCAAAGCUCUUUCAUCAGGGCGAACAAGCCCAAGUAGUACUAGUUCUCCAAGAUCCUCCUCCCCUUAUGAAAAAAAUCUAUCUCAGAAAGUUAACGUGACUCCAAAAUCCCAUUUGGAUCCACCUCGUGAAAGGUCCAAGUCUGAUUCUUACACUCUAGACCCAGACACCCUUAGAAAAAAAAAAGUGCCUUUGACUGAGCCAUUACGGGGAAGAUCCACUUCACCUAAACUAAAAAAUGCAUCUAAAAGCGGCAACAACACUGAUGGUCGUGCUCCAUCACCCCACGUAGUACAAGAAAAUUUGCACAGUGAAGUAGUAGAAAUCUGCACUUCUAGUGCGUUGUUGUCUAACGAUGAUGACAAUGAAGACAUUUCUGAUGCUAAAUGUACAGAGGAGGGAAUGUCUAAAGUCCAUUUCAGUAUAGGAAAAGCCCCCAUCAAAGAUGACCAAGAAACAAGAUCUUCUCCUAAAGUCAGCCGUAAAACAGCAGACAGAAAGGUGAGAACCAAAAAAGAAAGGUCAGGGCCACUCUUUAAAGGGGAGUGCUCUCGUUUAAUGGAGCCUGCUAAACAAGCCAUGUCUCCUUCAGUGGCAGAGUGUGCCCGUGCUGUAUUUGCAGCCUUUCUUUGGCAUGAAGGUAUAGUUCAUGAUGCAAUGGCAUGUUCUUCUUUUUUAAAGUUCAACCCUGAACUUAGCAAGGAGCAUGCGCCAAUAAGGAACAGUCUAAGCAGUCAGCAGGUUUUAGAUGAGAAGGAAAGCAAACUCAAGAACAGACAUUCUCUCGAAAUUUCAUCAGCCCUCAAUAUGUUUAAUAUUGCCCCACAUGGACCUGACAUUUCGAAAAUGGGCAGCAUUAACAAAAAUAAGGUGCUUUCUAUGCUAAAGGAACCUCCUCUUCAUGAAAAAUGUGAAGAUGGAAAAACUGAUGUGAUAUCCUAUGAUGCAUCUACUCAUACAGGUUUGAGAACCAAGUCACCUCUUCCUCUAACUCUGCAACAUCUGGUGGCUUUUUGGGAAGAUAUUUCCUUGGCAACUAUUAAAGCUGCCACACAGAACAUGAUCUUCCCAAGUCCAGGAUCAAGUGCAAUACUUAAGAAAAAAGAUAGUGAAAAAGAUUGUAAAAAAGGCAAAAAGGAAAAGAAGAAAAAGGAGAAAACUGAGAUAAGACCAAGAGGAAAUUUGUUUGGUGAAAUGGCUCAACUUGCUAUGGGAGGACCCGAGAAAGACACCAUUUGUGAACUAUGCGGAGAAUCUCAUCCAUACCCAGUGACUUACCAUAUGAGACAAGCACAUCCAGGUUGUGGUAGAUAUGCUGGAGGACAAGGAUAUAACAGCAUUGGACACUUUUGUGGAGGAUGGGCUGGUAACUGUGGUGAUGGUGGAAUUGGGGGUAGCACAUGGUAUUUGGUGUGUGAUCGCUGCAGGGAAAAAUAUCUUCGAGAAAAGCAAAGUGCAACAAGAGAAAAGGUGAAGCAAUCAAGAAAGAAGCCAAUGCAAGUAAAAACGCCUCGUGCCCUGCCCACAAUGGAAGCUCACCAAGUUAUCCGUGCUAAUGCCCUAUUUUUGCUGUCACUUAGCAGUGCAGCAGAACCAAGCAUUCUCUGUUACCACCCUCCAAAACCUCCACACAGUCAGCUUCCAAGUGUCAAAGAAGGUGUCUCUGAAGAGCUUCCCAACAAAAUAGGCUGCCUAUACUUACAGACUCUUGCUCGACACCAUUCUGAGAGUUUUGGAGGCUACCAAGAUGAUAAUCUCUUUCAGGAUGAGAUGAGGUAUCUAAGAUCAACAUCUGUUCCUGCACCAUAUAUUUCAGUAACACCAGAUGCUAGUCCUAAUGUCUUUGAGGAGCCUGAAAGUAACAUGAAAUCAAUGCCUCCGAGUUUGGAGACAAGUCCUAUUACAGAUAGUGACACAGCAAAACGUACAGUUUUUCAAAGGUCAUACUCGGUUGUGGCAUCAGAAUAUGAUAAACAACAUUCUACAUCUCCAGCUCGAGUCAAAGCUAUACCCAGACGCAGAGUCAACAGUGGUGAUGCAGAAGUGGGAUCAUCUCUUUUGCGACACCCUUCCCCUGAGCUGUCCCGGCUGAUAUCUGCUCAUGGCUCUCUAAGUAAGGGAGAACGCAAUUUUCAGUGGCCAGUUCUGGCCUUUGUCAUCCAGCAUCAUGACCUGGAGGGACUAGAGGUGGCAAUGAAGCAUGCUUUGAAAAAGUCUGCCUGCCGGGUGUUUGCAAUGGAGGCAUUUAAUUGGCUUCUUUGCAAUGUUAUUCAAACCACAUCACUUCAUGAUAUACUUUGGCACUUUGUGGCAUCACUGACACCAUCUCCAAGUGAGCCUGAGGAGGAGGAUGAGGAAGAAAAUAAGGCAAAUAAGGAAAAUGCUGAGCAGGAAAAAGACACACGAGUGUGUGAGCAUCCAUUGUCAGAUAUAGUAAUUGCUGGAGAAGCUGCUCAUCCACUACCUCACACCUUCCACCGUCUGCUUCAGACAAUCUCUGAUCUCAUGAUGUCUUUGCCUAGUGGUAGCUCCCUGCAGCAGAUGGCUCUGAGGUGUUGGAGCCUGAAAUUCAAGCAAUCUGAUCAUCAGUUUCUACAUCAAAGCAAUGUCUUUCACCAUAUCAAUAACAUCCUGUCUAAAUCUGAUGAUGGUGAUAGUGAAGAAAGUUUCAACAUUAGUGUGCAAUCUGGCUAUGAGGCAAUUAGUCAGGAUCUCUGCAUAGUUACAUGCCUUAAGGAUCUUACAGGUGUCGUGGAUAUCAAAACUUCUAGUAGACCAGCUAUGAUUGGCAGCCUGACAGAUGGAUCCACAGAAACAUUCUGGGAAUCUGGAGAUGAAGACAAAAACAAAACAAAAAGUAUCAUUAUCAGCUGUGUGAAGGGAAUAAGUUCUCGUUAUGUGUCAGUGCAUGUUGAUAACUCUCGGGAUAUUGGGAACAAAGUGACUUCCAUGAUUUUCCUUUGUGGAAAAGCAGUUGAGGACCUUUGCAGAAUUAAACAGGUGGACCUAGAUUCAAGACAUAUUGGUUGGGUCACUAGUGAACUCCCGGGUUGUGAUAAUCACAUCAUAAAAAUGGAACUGAAGGGACCUGAAAACACCCUAAGAGUGAGGCAGGUGAAAGUGUUAGGAUGGAAGGAUGGUGAAAGUAUCAAGAUUGCUGGACAAAUUUCUGCAAGUGUUGCUCAGCAGAAGAACUGUGAGGCUGAAACCCUCCGUGUAUUCCGACUAAUCACAUCUCAGGUGUUUGGCAAGCUCAUUUGUGGGGACACAGAGCCAACCCCAGAACAAGAGGAGAAGACAUUGCUAUCUUCGCCAGAAGGAGAGGACAAGGCACCUUCUGAUGCUGAUUUAAAGGAACACAUGGUUGGGAUUAUUUUCAGUAGAAGUAAACUGACAAAUCUUCAGAAACAGGUGUGUGCACACAUAGUGCAAGCUAUUCGAAUGGAGGCUACCCGUGUACGGGAGGAGUGGGAGCAUGCCAUCUCUAGCAAAGAAAAUGCCAACUCGCAGCCAAAUGAUGAGGAUGCCUCCUCAGAUGCAUAUUGCUUUGAGCUGCUGUCCAUGGUACUUGCACUAAGUGGCUCCAAUGUAGGAAGACAGUAUUUGGCUCAACAGCUGACACUGAUGCAAGACCUUUUCUCACUGCUACACACAGCCUCUCCAAGAGUACAAAGACAGGUGACUUCUCUACUCAGACGUGUCCUUCCAGAGGUGACUCCAGCUCGGCUAGCUAGCAUCAUUGGAGUAAAAGUCCUUCCUCCUGCAGAUAUUAGUGAUAUAAUUCAUUCCACAGAGAAAGGAGACUGGAAUAAGCUGGGAAUCCUUGACAUGUUUCUAGGAUGUAUUGCCAAAGCACUCACAGUUCAGCUCAAAGCCAAAGGUACUACUAUUGCAGGGACUACUGGGACAGCAGCAGGCAAAGGAGUCACCACAGUGACACUGCCAAUGAUAUUUAAUUCAAGUUAUAUUAGGCGAGGAGAAAGUCACUGGUGGAUGAAAGGGUCUACUCCCACACAAAUUGCAGAGAUUAUCAUCAAACUUGUCAAGGACAUGGCAGCUGGUCAUUUGUCUGAGGCCUGGUCAAGAGUCACAAAGAAUGCUAUAGCAGAGACCAUCAUUGCUUUAACUAAAAUGGAGGAGGAACAUCGAUCACCAGUGAGAUGCAUCGCUACCACUAGGUUGUGGCUAGCUCUGGCUUCACUUUGCGUUCUGGAUCAGGACCAUGUUGACAGACUUUCCUCAGGAAGAUGGAUGGGUAAAGAUGGACAACAGAAACAGAUGCCUAUGUGUGACAACCAUGAUGAUGGAGAAACUGCUGCUAUCAUCUUGUGCAAUGCAUGUGGAAAUCUUUGUACAGACUGUGAUCGAUUCCUGCAUCUUCACAGGCGAACUCGCACACACCAGAGACAAGUUUUCAAGGAAGAAGAAGAAGCUAUUAAAGUGGACCUUCAUGAGGGCUGUGGGAGAACCAAACUAUUUUGGUUAAUGGCUCUUGCCGAUUCAAAAACCAUGAAAGCAAUGGUGGAGUUCAGAGAACAUACGGGAAAGCCUGCCUCUAGCACCUCAGAAGCCUGUCGGUUCUGUGGAUCACGGAAUGGAACAGAAUUGUCAUCAGUUGGAAGUGUCUGUUCAGAUGCUGACUGCCAGGAGUAUGCAAAAACCGCUUGUAGCAAAACUCACCCAUGUGGCCAUCCAUGUGGAGGUGUUAAAAAUGAAGACCGUUGUCUACCUUGCCUGCAUGGCUGUGACAAGAGUAUGUCAUGCCUUAAACAGGAUGCUGAUGAUAUGUGCAUGAUCUGUUUUACAGAGGCACUAUCAGCAGCCCCCGCAGUUCAGCUGGAUUGCAGUCAUGUCUUUCACCUUAAUUGCUGUAGACGUGUUUUAGAAAACAGAUGGCUUGGCCCUAGAAUAACAUUUGGAUUUAUGUCAUGUCCCAUUUGUAAGAACAAAAUCAAUCAUCAUGUAUUAAAAGACUUGCUGGAUCCUAUUAAAGAGCUGUAUGAGGAUGUAAGACGUAAAGCUCUCAUGAGGUUGGAAUAUGAAGGACUUCAUAAGAGUGAGGCUAUAACUACAGCCGGAGCGCGUUUCCACAAUGAUCCUGCUGGCUUUGCAAUGAACAGAUAUGCUUACUAUGUAUGCUACAAGUGCAAAAAGGCUUACUUUGGUGGUGAAGCUCGCUGUGAUGCAGAAGCUGGCCAAGGUGAUGAUUAUGACCCCCGAGAGCUGAUCUGUGGAGCAUGCUCUGAUGUUUCAAGAGCUCAGAUGUGCUCCAAACAUGGUACAGAUUUCUUGGAAUACAAAUGCCGUUAUUGUUGUUCUGUGGCUGUGUUUUUUUGCUUUGGUACGACACACUUCUGUAACGCAUGUCAUGAUGACUUUCAGCGAAUGACCAGUAUCCCAAAGGAGGAACUCCCACGUUGCCCUGCAGGUCCGAAAGGUAAACAACUAGAAGGGACGGAGUGUCCUCUACAUGUUGUGCAUCCUCCUACAGGUGAAGAGUUUGCACUAGGAUGUGGUGUCUGUCGAAAUGCUCACACAUUUUGAAUACUUGGGCUCUGAUCCCCCAGGGCACAACUUUUCAUGCUUAAGCUUCCAGGGACCUUUGUGCUCUCUGAGGCAGAAGAUGACAGUAACUGGUCUACAAACUGGAUGCUGCUCUGCUCUUUAUGUUGCAGAACCAACACAUAACCAGGAUGUUUUGAAUAUAUUUAAUAACUCUUAUGAUGUGUUUGCAUGCAGCAGUCGAACCCUUGACAUCUAUAAAUGCUGCGUGACUCCUGAUCAGUGAGGCAUUAUAAUGUAUUCAACUUAAGAAAAGGAAAAAAAAUGCUGUGGGCAUCUGUACGUGGACUACAACAUAUUUUAAAAUUUCCAAAAUGGAAGCUAUAUCAAGAUGAUGAGAGUAAUGUCAGCUUCCUACCUAUGAAAAAUAUAUUGUUAUAUGUAUACUUACUUUUUUGUAAUUCUGUACAGUAUUCCCAAGAGUUGACUGCAUCACAGAUGAAAAGUUCUGUCUGGUAUAUGAAUAUUGACUGUUAAGAAUGUUUCGUUAGGAAGGCCUUUGGUGUACGAUUUAUCUAAUCUUGUAUAUAAUGAUGGUAUCAAAAAUAGGUGUAUUCCGAAGUUGCAACUUUACACUGCAGUUUCAUUUAAUCUUCUGGGUUAUGUUUUGAGCCUGAAAUUUUAAUGAAGUGCAAUACUGGGUGUGCCUCCUAUCUUACAGCUGUAAACAUAUGGAAUGUAUAUGUCAAUAAAGCCGCUGUACAUUUUUAUACAGUGACAAGACUCACGUUAUUAGUCUUUUUAAUGUUUUUGUUCAAUUAUUAUACUCUGCUUUUGUACAGAAGACAGUGUUAAAGUGACUUGAGAAGGAAACAAAAUCUUACUGAUACCUCAGGAGUUCUAUGGUAGACAUAUUUAAAGAUGUUUUCAACAAACAAACCUAAGUGCUAAAAAUGCAUAUAAGGUGGUGUGAUGAGACUGCAUAGCCUUUACUUGUACUGCUGUUAACAGCUAAACAACUUUAAAAAAUGGUAUUUGUAAAUAAAAUUCAUGUUUCUGUAA